AUGAAACUCAAUGCCAAUAAAACACCAGGUGCUGAUGGCUACACUUCUGGCUUCUUCAAAGCUGGUUGGGCUCUGCUUGGAUCAGAGGUCAUUUCUUCUAUCAGUGCUUUCUUAUACACAGGCUUUCUACCCUCUGCUACAAACGCAACAGUUCUUUGUCUAGUUCCAAAAAGACCAGGCGCCUCUUCGAUAAGUGAUUACAGACCGAUCUCUUGCUGCAACACACUGAAUAAGGUCAUCUCAAAGCUCCUUGUCCAUCGCCUAAAGCCUAUCCUACCUGCUCUCAUCCUGCCCAAUCAGACAGCAUUUGUUCAGGGACGUCUAUUGGUUGAGAACACCGUUCUGGCUGCCGAGAUCAUCCAUGGCUAUCACAGAAACAAAGGCCCAAAAAGAAUGGUGAUUAAAGUAGAUAUAGCAAAGGCAUUUGAUACUAUCAGUUGGGAUUUCAUAUUUACCUGCCUGGAGAGCUUGGAAAUUCCAUAUGACUUCAUCCGGUGGUUACAGGCUUGUGUAUGUACUCCCUCUUUCUGUGUCGGAUACAAUGGGACGGUACAGGGCUAUUUCAAAAGCAAGCGCGGACUCAGGCAGGGUGACCCCUUGUCGCCGUGCUUGUUCGUGAUUGCAAUGAACUAUUUGUCUACACUCCUGGAUAAAGCAGCAGCAGAAGGGAAGUUUGGAUAUCACUAUAGAUGUGCAGAGUCAAAGCUAACGCAUUUAUGCUUCGCAGAUGACUUACUUAUAUUCACGGAAGGCUCGAUCCAAUCUAUCCAAGGAGUUCUUGAUGUUCUAUCGGAUUUCCAAAGCCGCUCUGGUCUGGCAACCAGCAUCUCCAAAACUUGCUUCUUCUCUUGUGGGCUGUCUCAUAUAGAGGUGGAGCAAAUCAAGCAGGCAUCAAAUUUAACACAUGGAGAGCUCCUAAUCAGAAAAUCAGAAGUACUCUUGGAUGGUCAAUUGUCUGCUCAGAUUGAGAAAUAUAGCUUACCCCUAGAUCAAGAAGCUAAUAGGAGAUGGGAAAUCAUGUCGCUUUUGGACAGACAACUAGACGCCUUUUGGAAUGCGGUUGUCGCUGACUUAGUGGUUGAUGGUGCUUGGUCUCUCCCCCCAGCUAGAUCAGAACAGCAGGUCUCUCUCUACUCUUUCAUCUCAACUAUUACUCUGUCUGAAACCAAUCAGAACAUAUGGAACCCAUGGGGGAUUCCAAAACACAGCUUCCUCAUGUGGCUCUUUGUUCUCAACCGAUGCCCUACUCGAGAUAGACUAAUCAACUGGGGUCUUCCUACUGCUCCCAAUUGCCUGCUUUGCAAUGCGUUGGCUGAAUCUAGAGAUCACCUAUUCUUCCAAUGCCCUUUUGCUUGGUCUGUUUGGUUGACGGUGGCAGCGAAGUGUAAUCUCACCCCUCUCCCAACGUGGAAUCAGACUAUGUUAGCUCUCCAAUCGCUCUGUUGCGCUCGCCGUCAGAAGAUCCUCACUCUACUAGCCUGCCAAGCUACCGUCUAUCUCCUCUGGACUGAGAGAAAUAACCGUCUUCAUCGCCAGGUUUUCCGAUCAUCCGACUCCAUUGUCUCCUUUGUUUCUACUACUAUUCGAACCAAAAUUGCGUCUAUGCGGGAAGCUUCUCCGGCACUAUCCUCCUCUAUGUUUGCUAUCUGGUCUGCUUGA